AUGGAGAAGACGUACUCACUGACUGCCCACUACGACGAGUUCCAGGAAGUAAAAUACGGCGGCCGCUACAGCAGCGACAUCCUCAGCAACGGUAUGACCCUUCACCUGGGAGGCAGCCUGGACCGUCACAUGGGGCGAGGUCGAGGUGGGACCUGGUCAAACGGGCGAAAUAAGGACAUGAGCAACGCCAGCGGCAGCGGAGGACUUCCCCGCUGGAGCCGGAGGGAGAUCUGCCUCCUCUCGGCGCUGGUCUUUGCGGCAGGCAUGUGCGUCAUCUUGGGCAGCAUGCUGGCGCUCAAGUACAUUUCCCUGGACGCCCAGCAGGACCCGCAGUGCCGACAGGACUGCCAACGCAAACGCUCCCUGCUGCGCACGGCUCGCUUCGUCCAGGCCAAUAUUGACCCAACCAUCCAGCCCUGCCAGGAUUUCUACUCCUUCGCCUGUGGCGGUUGGCUGCGGCGCCACGGCAUCCCCGAGGACAAGCUCAGCUACGGCAUCAUCACCGCUAUCGGGGAGCACAACGAGGAGAAGCUGCAGCACCUCCUGUUGGAGCCGAUACGGAGGCGCGGGGCCAACUCCGCGGAGCGCAAGGUCAAGGAGUUUUACAGAUCCUGCGUCAACAUCCAGGAAAUCGACAAGCUGGGCUCUGACCCCAUGACGGAGGUUAUUGACAGCUGUGGAGGGUGGGACCUGGCGGGGGCUCCUCCUGGUGCUGCCGGCUGGGAGAGCGAGGGCGCUCCACAGAGGCCGGACUUUAAUGAGCUGCUGUACAGGACCCAGGGGGUGUACAGCACCGCCGUCUUCUUCUCCCUCACUGUCAACGUGGACGACAAGAACUCCUCCAGGAACGCCAUCAGGAUUGAUCAGGAGGGGCUCACACUCCCUGAGAGAAGCCUCUAUCUGGGACAGGAUGAGGACAGUGUGAAGAUCCUGGCGGCGUACAAGGCCCUGAUGGAGCGCUUGCUGAGCAUGCUGGGAGCCCAAAACGCCACGCAGAAGUCCAAGGAGAUUAUACAGCUGGAGACGCGUCUGGCCAAUAUCACUGUGUCAGAAUAUGAUGACCAAAGAAAGGACAUCAGCACCAUGUAUAACCGCAUCACCCUGAGGCAGCUGCAGCGCAUCGCUCCCAGUCUUCACUGGAAACGCUUGCUGGACAGAAUCUUCCACGACAACUUCUCAGAGGACGAGGAGAUCGUGGUGCUCGCUACCGACUACAUACAGAAAGUCUCUGACAUCAUCAAGACCACUUCGAAAAGGGUUCUUCAUAACUACAUGCUGUGGCGCAUUGUGGCAGCGCUUAGCGAACACCUGUCCACCGCCUUCCGCAGCACCAUCCACGAGUUUUCUCGAGAGAUUGACGGCACCGAGCAGCAGCUGGAGCUGGGCAGGCUCUGCCUCACCCAGGCCAACAAACACUUUGGCAUGGCCCUGGGAGCCCUGUUCGUCCAGCAGCACUUCUCCUCACAGAGCAAGGCCAAGGUACAGGAGCUGGUGGAGGACAUAAAACACUCCCUGGACCUCCGUCUGCAAGAGCUGGACUGGAUGGACGAAGCCACCAAGGAGGCUGCCAGAGCAAAGCUGAGGCACAUGAUGGUGAUGACAGGAUACCCAGACUUCCUGCUCAAACCUGAGCUCAUAGAUCAAGAAUAUGGGUUUGACGUGGACGAGAAGACCUACUUCAAGAACAUCCUCAACAGCAUCAAGUUCAACAUCAAGCUGUCGGUCAAGAAGAUCCACGAGGAAGUGGACAAGACGGCGUGGCUUCUCCCCCCUCAGGCCCUUAACGCCUACUACCUCCCCAACAAGAACCAAAUGGUCUUUCCUGCUGGCAUCCUUCAGCCCACUCUCUACAACCCUGAGUUCCCGCAGUCUCUGAACUACGGAGGAAUAGGAGCUAUCAUCGGCCACGAGCUAACGCAUGGAUAUGAUGACUGGGGGGGCCAGUACGACCGCCACGGCAACCUCAAACAGUGGUGGACAGAGGAGUCCUACAGGAAGUUCCAAAAGAAAGCCGAAUGUAUCGUCAAGCUCUACGAUAACUUCACUGUUUAUAACCAGAGAGUGAACGGUCGUCUGACACUCGGGGAGAACAUAGCAGACAUGGGAGGGCUGAAGCUGUCAUACUAUGCGUAUCAGAAGUGGGUGAGGGAACAUGGUCCAGAGAGGCCCCUGCCUGGGCUCAAAUACACCCACGAACAGCUGCUCUUCAUCGCCUUUGCACAGAACUGGUGUAUGAAGAGAAGAUCUCAGUCCAUCUACCUGCAGCUGCUGACUGACAAACACGCGCCAGAGCACUACAGAGUGAUCGGCAGCGUUUCCCAGUUUGACGAGUUCGCCCGUGUGUUCCACUGUCCGAAGGGUUCUCCCAUGAACCCUGUGGACAAAUGCUCCGUAUGGUGACCUCUCCGCCGCGGCCUGGUGACCUCGGGAUGACCUUCAUCUUCACAGCCUCCACCCACCCACCCACCUGCGCACACUACCUGUCCUACAUCAUGCAUUCGUCAGAUGCUACAGGAUGCUACACGGAGCCUAUUGUUGCCUGUAAAGGACACAGGGAGGUUCACGUCUUCACUUAGGAAAGUUUAUACAACUGCUCAUCGUCUGUACUAAUCAAACUAAAGCAUGGGUCACAUGACCAUUGAUCAUGUACAUAAAUAUCAUUUGAUUACAUAUAUUUUUCUAUGUUGAAAUUUAUUUUCAGAUCAUCUAUUUUUGUAUUUUAGCGUAUAUAUCACAUACAUUAUGCGUAGGAUUCAUAAGCUAUUUGGUUUUUAAUUAAGCAGCGUGUUUCCUCACUCGUCUCUCCUCUGUGUAGCAUCAUCUAGAAAAACUUCAGCAUAUCAGAACGGCACCAACAGUGAUUUCAGUCCCUAAUGUAAACUGGACAAGGACCAAUUUCAAUUGAACCGGGAUCAGCAGGAUUCCUCGUGCCUGCCAAGAAAACAUUGGUGUUCUUUCACUUUGGGUAUUGAGAGUUUAAUUUGUGUCGCAGUGGCGCCCUCUUGUGGCCGCAGAGAGCAAUGGUCACUGUUCAGCCGUGAUGACUGUUGUGUCGUUUGCCUGCACUGGUCUCUUGUUACUGUGAGUGUUUGUACGGUUUUUUAAGAUUUGUCAACUUUUUUUAAGGAAGAAAAAAAGAAAAAGAAAAAAGGAAAAAGAAGGUGGACUCAUGGUGGAAGUUUCUUCUCAGGAUUUGUAGCAAAGUGCAGCGACAAACAGGAGAUCUUUGUGUCUCUGUCUACAUUCAACUCGUGAGGUCCUCAGUGCGGUCACGUAAACGGCUUGGUAUCUCUAUCAGUCAUGGGAUGACAGAUGAGAACUCACUGCAUGGACGAGCUGAUGCCAAAAACCCUCUCUACUGGAAAUGGAAGAAGCUCCGCUGUUGGAUUAUUCGCAUCUCUUGUGUUCGACACGUGGACACGCUCUCGAGACGACCCGGGAAUCGAGACGGGAGGGAGAGCGUGAGGUCACGUCAUAUAUUCACAGUUAACUCUCCACAUGAUAAAGUGCAACUGCGGUACAUGAAGAAUCAUACAUUUCUACACAAGUGUUAUUUAAAAAAAAAAAAAAAAAAAUUUAAAAAUUACUUUUGUAUAAAGAAUCUGUUGGUACAAAAAAAGAAUCUUUGUACAGUGGAGAAGUAUAUACAAGAUGUUAUGGUUGUACAGUUUGUUUUGAUGAGAGUGCAUGUCUCCUCUCUGGCCAACGAACAAUUAUGAUCGCUGUAUAUGGAGGACAACACACACACACGCACGCGCACACACGCACACGCAAACACAAACACACACACACUCGUCUGACGCUGCAGCUGCUAGUUCACACGUGGCUCCUAUCUCUUCCUCUCUGUUGGUCACUGUUUAAUGUUUGAAUAAAUACAAAGGGAUCACUGUG